AUGACGAGUCCGUUAAGGGAAGACGAGAAACACGAGCGCGCGAUUCGAGCUCUUCUUAGGCUCGAACCCAAUCGAACAUGCAUUAACUGCAACAGUUUGAUUGAUAUUUUACUCUGCACUGAUUGCUUCCAUGAUGGGAAAUUUGUCGCCGGUCAUUCAAGUAUAGAUUUUAUAAGGGUGGAUUCAACAAGAGAUUACGGUGAACUAGAUGGGGAAAGUUGGACUGAUCAAGAAACUUUGUUGCUGCUUGAAGCAAUGGAGAUUUACAAUGAGAAUUGGAAUGAAAUUGCCGAGCAUGUUGGUACCAAGUCAAAAGCACAAUGUAUUCUUCAUUUUCUUCGUAUGCCCAUGGAAGAUGGGAAAUUGGAAAAUAUCAAUGUUCCAAGCAUGUCUUUGUCAUCCAGUGCGAUGAAUAGAGAUGAUAAUGGAAGAUCGCAUCAUUACUCGAAUGGAGAUUCUGCAGGACCUGCCCAUCAAAUCAGAGAUUCUGACAACCGCCUGCCUUUUGCUAAUUCUGGAAAUCCUGUUAUGGCUCUGGUUGCCUUUUUAGCCUCUGCGGUUGGACCAAGAGUAGCGGCCUCAUGUGCUCAUGCAGCAUUAUCAGUGUUGUCAGGGGAUAAUACUGGCUCCCAGACGGAGGCAUCAGGGCAUGAUAAUAGGACAAAUCCAGAAAACAUGCAUUGUAGGGAUGGUGGCUCUCGAGGAGAAGCUGCAAUUUCAAAUAAUCAUAAUGAGGAAAAGGCAAAAGCAAUUAGUUCGCGGGAUCAAAAUGAGGGUAGGACCACCCCACUCUCUGCUGAAAAAGUUAAUGAAGCAGCUAAAGCAGGCCUCUCUGCUGCAGCAAUGAAAGCUAAAUUGUUUGCCGAUCACGAAGAACGAGAAAUUCAGAGAUUAUGUGCUAAUAUAAUUAAUCAUCAGUUGAAAAGAUUGGAAUUGAAGCUGAAACAGUUUGCAGAAAUCGAAACAUUGUUGAUGAAGGAAUGCGAACAAGUGGAAAGGGCAAAACAGAGGUUUGCUGCUGAACGCACCCGUGUUAUAUCAGCACGUUUUGGAACUGCAGGAACUACGCCUGCAAUGAAUGCAUCUGGUGUUGGUCCUAACAAUUAA